GGGCCCCGCCCCGGGGCGGAGCCGAAGGCGCCGGGCUGGGAGCGGCGCGCGGGCAGCUCGGCCGGCACUCAGUGGCGGGGCGCGAGGGGACCCCGAGGAGACACAUGAGCCUCCUCCCCUGAGGGGCCCGGUCCCUGGAGGUCGGAAGGACCCGUGUCCCGCCGCCGCGCCCUGCCUGCGUCCGCGGGGUCCCCAAGGAAGAGCAGCAAGUCUGGGCCCCCACGCGAGGCGUCCCGAGGCCCCUCCGUGGGAGCCGCCCAGGAGCAGCGAGCGGUGGCCGGGAGAAGGGGCAGGCGGGUCGCCGGGCCGGAGCCCUGCCCCAGGCCAAUGAGGCCGGCACAUGUGGCCAGGCAGACCCGAGAGCCCCCGGAGGGGCGGGCCCCCCGCCAUGCAGUCCGACGACCUCUUUGUCCGCAGGCUUCGCCAGCCCGCCAGGCCGGCCCUGACCCCUCACACCUUUGAGCCCAGGGUGUCCCCUGGGCCCGGGGCUCCCCUGCUGCGGAGCGGCAGCGAUGCCGGGGAGGCGCGGCCCCCACCCACGGCGAGCCCCCGCGCCCGAGCCCACAGCAACGAGGAGGGGGGCCGCGGGGCCACCCCCGCCCGGCUCUUUGCCGACCCUCUGGCCUUGCUGGGCCUGCCGCCCGAGGGAGAGCCGCCCCCCGAAUUCCCGGCGGUCCCGGAGCCCCGCUGGUUCGCGCACUAUGAUGUCCAGAGCCUCCUCUUUGACUGGGGAGCCGGGGCCAGGGAGCCCCCCGACACCCCUCCCACCCCCGGCCCCGCUCAGGCCUCGGGCUCGGACCUGCUCCUGGGGGCUCCGGGCUUCCUGAGCGAGGUGGGGGGGGAGGGCGAGCUGGGCCUGGGCGGCUUGUUGCCCCCGGCUGCCCCCCCCUGGGCCAUUCCAUCCUGGAAACCCAACUCUUCAAACCGCUUGCUGGCCGCGCCUCCCUCUCCCGGCAAGCGUGGCUGUGGUGGACCCAGGCACCCGGCCCCGCCCCUCCCCGGCGGGCCUUUCCCGGCCUCCCCGGCCUUCCGGGCCCUGCUGCUGGCCAAGGCCCUCAACGGCGAGCAGGCGGCCAGCCGGGCGCGCAAGUUCCACGCCAUGGCCACGCGCACGCGGCGGGACUACCUGCUGGAGCUGGCCACCAACGAGGUGACCACGACCUCGCUGGACUCGGCCUCGCGCUUCGGCCUGCCCUCCCUGGGGGGUCGCCGGCGCGAGCGGCCCCGGGGCCCGGGCGGGGAGCUGCAGGCCCAGGGCGCCCUGGUGUGGGGGGUGCGGGCCGCCCCGGGGGGCGAGGAGGGGGCGCCCGAGGUCCCCUGCCUGCUGGGCGUCUCGGCCGAGACCCUGGUGCUGGUGGCCCCCCGGGACGGCCGGGUCGUCUUCAACUGUGCCUGCCGGGACAUACUGGCCUGGACCUUCUCCGAGCACCAGCUGGACCUGUACCACGGCCGGGGGGAGGUGCUGACCCUGCGGGUGGGUGGCGCCCCCGGCGAGGCCGUGGGCGAGAUCGUGGCCAGGCUGCAGCUGGUGAGCCGAGGCUGUGAGACCCGUGAGCUGGCGCUGCCCCGGGACGGCCAGGGCCGCCUGGGCUUUGAGGCGGACGAGGGGGGCUUCGUGAGCCACGUGGAGCGGUUCACCUUCGCCGAGACCGCCGGGCUGAGGCCGGGGGCUCGGCUCCUGAGGGUCUGUGGCCGCCCCCUCCCCCGGCUGGGACCCGGGGUCGCCGCCGCCCUCCUGCGCUCGGCCCCCAAGGUCUGCGUCACCGUCCUGCUUCCUGACGAGAGCGGCCGGCCCCGAAGGAGUUUCUCUGAGCUCUAUGAGAUGUCGCUGCAGGAGCCGGGGCGGCGGGGGCUCCAGGGCCCCGGGCCCGAGGGGGAGCCGGGAGCGGGUCUGCGCCCAGCCACCCUCCAGACGCUGCAAGGGCUGAGCCUGCGGGACGGCUCCCCGGCCCCCGGCCCCCCUCCAGGCCUCCCCGAAGAGAGGACCGAGUUCCUGCACAGUCAGAGCGAGCCCUCCCCUCAAAGCUCCCCGUCCGAUGGGGUCCCCGUCCUGCCAGAUGCCACCCCGGACCUCCUCUUGGUCGCUACCCAUAAGGCCCCACACCCUGGUCAGGCAGGGGCCGGGCCUCCGGACCAGGCUCUCCCUGGCACUUCCAUUGGACAAGAGGCUCUGGAGCACCCGGCCCCGCUGCCCCGGGAGCUGAGCGAUUCCUUCCUGCCUAGGACCCUCUCCCUGAGGAAUUCCAUCAGCAAGAUCCUGUCUGAGGCUGGAAGCGAGCCCCUGGACGAGGAGUGGAAAUCCAUUGCGGAGAUCGCGUCCACCUGCAACAGCAUCCUGGAGGCGCUCUCCCGGGAGGGGCAGCAGCUGCCGGAGGCCCGAGACCCCAGGGAAGCCUCCAAGGCCGAGUCCGACCCGGCCUCGGGAAGCCUGUCGGAGAAGGUCUCCCACCUGGAGAGCAUGCUGAAGAAGCUUCAGGAUGACCUGCAGAAGGAGAAGGCGGACAAGGCGGCCCUGCAGGAGGAGGUUCGGAGCCUCAGACACAACAACCGCCGGCUUCAGGCAGAGUCCCAGAGCGCCGCCGCCCGCCUGCUCAGGGCCUCCCAGCAGCUGGGGACCCCGGGCCCCUGACGCCCGCCUGCACCCGGGCCCAGGACCUCCUGCUGGGGCAGAAGUCCGGCGCUGCCCCGCCCCCACCUCCCACCUCCCCUCUGCCUCGGGCGGCAGGCGCCUUUCCCAGCAGCCUCGGGGGCCUGGAGUGGGGAGCCCCCAUGUACUGUGUAAAAGUGACCCCCUGCCCCCUCCUGGCCUUUCCCAGGAGCCUCCUGGACCCACCUCCAAGCCCAUCUGUAAAUAUCACCGGGCAGAGCUGCCCUUGUUUUGGAAAGUAAAGAGCCAGCGGGCACCGUGCGAGCA